GCGGGAGCCGUUGGGGAGCGGGGGACGGUGGGUCCCGGCUCGCCUUCCCUGUCAGCCCUCGGGGCUGUGGCGGCUCUCCGGGCUCUCCUCACCGGUGGGCCUUGUCCGUCCCUGCGCUCCCGGCGGGUUCCUUGUGGGGCCGGCGCGAAACGGUGGCUCAUAAACGCUGUCAGCCUGUGGGAUUGUUCCUGCGUGGGGCCAGCCCAGGUGCUAGACCUGCCCUCAGCACUUCUCAGAGUCCCCUUGAGCAACAGAAGGAAGGAGAAAGUCCCCUGAGGAAGAGCUCUCGCUUACUCCGCAUUGCUGCUGCUCAAGGGAUGGAGCCUGGCCAGGGAGUGUCAACAUCCACCUUCCUGCUUGCAGGAAAGUCGCAAGGGACAACGGAGGAAAGAAAGGCGUAUUCAUCAGGCGGGGUGAUCGCUCACCUGGAAAUGCUGGAGGCGCAGGCUCAUGAGACAGCCGUGAAGGAAGAGGAAAUGGAGCAGCGAGCAGAGAAGCUGGCCAGGCUGAAAGCAAGAGUGCAGGAGCUGAGACUCCAGAGGGACAAGCUGCGGGCUAAAGUGGACCUGCAGCAAAACAGGCAACUUGAGAAAGGAGGAGUCGUGUCAAAUCCGACACAGCCCACCGCUCAGGCUGUUUUAGAGUGGAAGACAAAAAGUCUUAAGGCCAUGCUGCAGGUCUUUUACCUCACAGGGAUCAGUGGGAAGCUGACCAAGCAGGGAGUGUGUUUCUGCAUCAUCACGGCUUACGAGAGCACCUACUUGGAUUCCUACUACCUGGACCUGGUCAUCAAGACAGCAGUGCAGAUUCACCGCCACUCCAUCCCCAUCUUCAUCCCCUUGGAGCAGCUUGCCAAGAAGUACUUGCAGACGGACAUCAGGCGCUUCUUGUCUGUCCUGUCAGACCACCUGAACGCUUACGUGGGGAGGAGGUACCAGGCAGACCAGUUACAGGAACACUUUUCAGAUCAGAUAGAAGGAACCGUGCAGAGAAACUCCUUGUGUAACUUGCUGGUCUUUAAUUACAAAGUGUCGAGUAAAAGGAAGACCUUUCCCUUCCACGUGAGGCUGCUUUACGGAGAUCUCUGUUGCAGCCUCCCCACUGAAGUCGUCAUUUCCUGCACACCGGACGCUCCCAAAUCCCUAGCAGAGACGGCAGCAGCUCACUCGGACCUGUUUCGCCGCAUGGCCCUGCACAAAGCCUUCCGCUACUUCAGCAGCGCCGAACAAAGUCUGGAUGGAACACCGUAAGCCACCCUGGCUCUCCUCGGUAACGCGCCUCCGCCUGCGGGGAGUGACCUCGAAAUGCAAAUGUUUUCCGUGGACUGCAGCACUGCUGCUGGGGACCCCCCGAGGAGCAAUUGGCCCAGUCGAAUCUCGAGAGCAAUGUUUCCCUGAGGCUUUCGGGUGUUUGUUGUUGCGGGUAAUCUUCUCUCAGCGCUGUGCUUCUUGCUCGUUUGAGCGCCCAUCUCUGCGGUUGGUGCCGCAGGACUCCACGGUUGCAGGAAACCUCUCACGGUUGGAAUGAGAAACGGAAUUAAAAGUCGAAGAUCUCGGCGCUUUGGGGGCAACGCGCUGCGGAUCGGCACCGCGCACCUCGAAAAGAGGGGGGAGCAAGCGGAACCGUGCCCUGCCUACCACAGCCGGGAAGGGACUUCAUGGUAGAAGCUCGGAGGGGUUGAGGGAGAGAGGUGAGGGGUAGGGAUUGCCAGCAGCGACCCCUGCCCUCCCGCGGGCUGUGCUAAACCCCCCCGCCGCACGAGUCCUGAAAUUGCCAGAAAAUCUCACGCCAGCCGUGGCUUUACGCGUGCUCUUUCCUUCCCUUCAGGCGUGGGGCGGCCUCGCUGGUGUCCCGUCGCCGUGCUUCACGUCGGGAUCAGAUCUUUAAAAACUUGCUCUUUUGUCACAGUCCUUUAAAAACUUGUUAAUAAAAGCUCUAUGUUACAGAAA